CAUUUUCUGAACUUACCAGACUGUUGUAACUGUUCUAUUAUUUGCCUUUACCCACUUAAUCAUUAUAUCCAGAUUACUGAUUAUCCCACAUCAGCCAAACGGUGUGUACAUCUAACAAGAGAGUCAAGUGACUUUCUAUUCAACAAAAUGCCUCUGUUUGUCUUUCCGAACUCUCUAAACUAUGCACUCCUGUGACGCAUUUGCUCACUUUUUAAACAAUCUUAUCACUUCCCAUUCACAUGUGGAGUGUGACAUUUUACAGUCCUACAGUCAGAUUUUCCACACAGGAGUCAUCUACACUAACAUUGCAUGUUGGGGUUAUCUUAACCUUAGGUAUCAUUGUGUCUCUUUUACACUAUUUAUCUGGGAAAGAGAAACUAAUCUAAACUCCCAAACACACACAAAAGCGAAAUUCCUUUCGCGUUGCUGCAAGGCAGGAAGUUAUUCAAUAACUUAUCAGGGGAAGUAAGGAGGAAAAAAUGUACUCCUGCAGCUUAACUUCAUUGUUGCUUUUUUUAUUGCUACUGAUAAAUUAUUGACCCAAGUGAAAUAUGUUUUCAUGUCUGACAAUUUACAUCAUAUGCAGAUCCUUGCCACAGUGUUCAGUGUUUAAAACAUGUGAAAUUUCUUUAAGCUCUGGUUACUGUACCAAGGUUAUUUUUGUAUUCUUUUGAAAACAGCAUUUUUUAAAUAAUCUGUCACUUUAAUUGUAAUGAAGUAUUUUUUAUCUGUGCGUGUGUUUUUGGGCUGUAGCUGCGGUCGAGUUUAACUUGUCUACGUGUCUGGGUUGGCUGCCUUGGUGAUGUUUUAUUCUGCUGUUAAAGAGGUUUAUUGUUAUUAAUAAUUGCUGCACUUUUUUUUGUCCGUUUUUUUGCAUUAAUAGUCUAAGUUGUGUCCUGUGUUCUAUUCUAUAUUCUGGCCACGUGGACAAGCUAGAGGACGCAGGCGUAUCGUUGCUCUAUCAACUGGCUCUUUUCCAAAUUCAAACAAUGGCACAUGGCAUUGCAUAAUCCUGUUGAAUAGGGGAAAAUCCCAGAGCUGCCCUACUUAAGGAAAGCAAAGCGCUGUCUCUGUCACACAUACCUUCAGGCUCUACAGCACCUACUACUAAGCUACUACAGCAACACUCUGAGACCGGCCGAGUCAGCACUUCAGCUACAAGAAACCAUGGCAAGCAGCAAAGUGUUUCUCCUGUGCUCCCUCGUCAUCCUCACCACCUUCAUCGACAGCACACAGUCAGCAAGCUGUUGCCUGAUGUACGGCAGACGUCCGUUGCCAUGCAAACGGCUGCUGGGCUACACCAUCCAGACCAUCAAAAACUCCUGCGACAUCAACGCCGUUAUAUUCCACAUUCCAGGGAGGUUUGUGUGUGCCGACCCUUCAGCCAACUGGACUCAGAGAUUGAUGAAGUGUUUUGAUCAAAGGAGGAUGCAGAACAGUCAGAUCCUCGCAAGCAGAGCCCCAGGCAACACCACAUCUCCACACAGCAGUUAAUAUCUGCAGCCCAUGACUCUAAUCUUAAUGCAUUCCCACACCCAAGAACCCUGAUAGGGACUAUGAAGUAAUUUCCUGUUAAAUUAUUCUAUUAUAUCUGAUCAUAUUUGUUCUGUUUUAUAAACAGGGGAGUGUAGUAUUCUUAAUACAUAGUAAACUGUACGCUGUAGAGGCAGAGCAUCAACCAGAUGUAAUGAAAACAUUGUUUUUGAGAAGAAUGUAUAUACUUUUGUAAAGUUUGUGUUGAUAAGCUCUGAAAUUUUGAAGCCAGAGAAAAGCGGUAUGAAAGUGGGAGGUUUUCAUUGUAAUUUAUUGUCAAAGAAUUUAUUAAAACAGAGAUGUUAAUAAUAAGA